AAAGGUCUGUUAGGGUUCGCUUUGUCAGACGGAAUAGACGAUAGAGAAUAUGAAGUAGCAGGCAGCGAAGUCAUGUGGAGUACCGCAAUCUGGAGGAGAUUCAUCCUUCCCGAGAGAGGGUUGUGCUUUCGUCGGGAUUUCAGCUCCACGGUAUACGUCAGCAGACUAUCAUAUUACACAAGCGAUGAGGAUUUCGAAAACAUGUUCUCGCGGUUUGGCCGUGUGGAGGAAGCUAGGCUUAUCAGGGACGCAAGAACUAAUAGGCCUAAAGGCUUUGGCUUUGUGACUUAUGCAUCUGAUGCUGAAGCAGAGAAGGCAAUAAAAUCUAUGGAUGGAAGGCAACUGCAGGAUGAGGAACUUUUGAGGUCAAGCAUAUGCCUCUACCAUUAAGAUGCAAUUGAGGUUGACUACUACUUUGUCCUCCUAGAACUGUGAGACCCUGGAUAUCAGGUUGCUUUUCUUCUCAAAUCUGCAGAUGGUACAUCCUUUAUGUUGGAAGAAGACACAGAAUUUGGCAGGAACUAGGCAGGUAAGAGGCAAAGAGUGAGCCGUGUUGCCAUGGUAGAGGGCGAGCUUUGACACUAUGGCGAGGUUGCUCUAUUGUACUUUGGUUUUAAGGGUUUGAACCGUGAAAUCAUCUACUCACUUAUAUAUGGUGGGAGGCUGAUAUUUGUGGAAUAUGCCAAGUCUGGGUCACAGGAGGACAAAACAUAAUUUUCUCCAGUGGUUUUCAGUUGCUUACAGAGUAACUCCUUUUUAGGAUUUUUCCUUUAAUCAGUAAAAUGGUUCUGCUGAAUGGUGGCUUAUAAAAAUUAUCUAAGUAUAAUCUCUUCCUCUUGUUUUUAUGCCUCUCGUGGUACCUUCUUCCUGCAGCAUUUGCUGUUCCAUUUUAUGUUAAGGCCCUGCAAGGAACUGCCAAAUAUUUGAGAUUCAUUCUAUGGUAUUUUUCUGGUGAUUAUGAAUUUGCAACUGGGACUUGAGCAAAGCUUUCGUUCAUGAGGGUCACCACCAAGCUGCCAUAUAAGAAUCUUUCCAUGCUGUCUCUAGAUAAGAUUUUCUAGAAGCCCUAUACUCAAGAAGUUGUUUGAUUUCUGAUUGAUGAAUCAACUAGAUAUUGCACAAAUCUUACACAGAUUUUAUUAUUAUACUGAAGCAUAAACAUAUGAAAAUUUAUUAACUCUUUUUUAUCCAUGUACCUGAAGGCGAAAGCUACUUAGAUCAAGUCUUGGGUUUAACUCCUAUUUCGGAAAGGUCCCAUGAAUGUUUUCACUGCAUAUGUUCUUCCUAGCACCAAACAUGUAGCUCUUCCUUGAUGAUAGUAUGAAGUUCUUUAAGUUAUAUGGUUCUCUUUUCUUAUUAUUUAAUGAAGUUCUAGAUCUGGUCAUGUUUGAUUCAAGACUUAAAGUUACUUGUAGAUGGUAGUUGAUUUAUUGGUUUUAAUGAACAUGCUUGCUAUUAGAAUAUCGUUGAGUUGACAAGAUGUACUGUUCUUUUCUUGAAAGCCUUAGUUCCAUGCUAAAACAUAAACAAAUUUGAUUGCCAGGGAUGUUCAUACAAAGAUGGAGAUCAGAUCCCAUCAAUGGUAAGUUCAUUCCAGUUAGUAGUCACAAACAUGAGAACUGUAUGGUUCCAUUUAAAGGUGUAAUUGAAUAGGUACUGCAUAUAAAUAAAUAACUUGUUAAUCUGAGCAUAGCCUUUGGAAAAAUUCUGUUGAUGUCCAUCCUUGGAGUCUUUGUUUUCGAGUUUUGUGGCAAAUAUCUACUCCACAGUGCUUUAGAAAUGCAAGGACCAUUUAAACCUCAAGGCAUAUGUACAAAGUCUCUUCUAUGCCACAGGUCCCUUGGACCUGACAUCAAAAGGAUAAGGCUGUCUCUCUUUUCUUACCAUUUUCUAGUUGUACUUUCUCCAGUGAGGUUGAGUUCAAUAAAUCAUUCCCUUGGGAUACAGACAUCACCCUGCCACUUAUCCAUAUUGCCUAAAUUAAUUUUUAGUUCAUCUGCAAUCUCCAUCUUAAACUUUGGAUCUACAGUCUCAGAGUAGAUGGCUAGAUUUGACUUUAUAUUAGCAUUAGCCCAGCUUUCAAAUGUGGUUCAACCAUGUUCAGUCUUGUUUUGGAUUGGACCAAGUACAUAACCCAUGGAUAUCUCCUUUCAUGUUCAGGGCAUUCAGGUAAUUUCAGACCACAUUAGAUCCCAUAUUCUCUCAUAAAUUAUUUCCAUUCAUGUGCAGGGCAUUCUUGUAAAUUCAGAACAUGUCAGAUCCCCAUGUUCUUCUAUAUGUUCGAGCCCCUCUGGCCUCUCCCUGUUGCAUCAUUACCACAAUAAAGCCGCUUUGAUUUCUCUGCUCCCCUGUUCCCUUCCCUUCUCUUCUUCUCCUCUGCCUCAUCGAUCCACUCUCCCUGCGCUCAUCUGUGUCCGGAGAGGAUGGCUUGUAGGCCUAGUCGUCACCAGAGGAGGGCGUCACAGAGUGUCUUUGUUCUGCCAGAGAGCUUCUCCAUCUCUGAAGCUCCUCCAAUGGAGGUUGGCGAGAAGAAGACUGCGGUGGAGUCGUCUCAGCCAUCGUCUGAACCUGCAGCCCCUUCGCCUCCCCCACCAGCGUUGCCUGGCCAGGAGUUCAAGGAAGCUGUUGCCGAGAAGUAUCAAGACUAAAUCAUGCUCUGCAAGCUCUCCUUGCAACCUUAGAAAUUUCCAUCGAAGUCGGUCAAUUUAAUUUCAUCAGCACUAGUUUCAGUGUUCUUAUGGAACCUCUCAUCCUACUGGUUGAUGGGAUGCAGAAUAAAUGAACCAUUUAUUACUUUGAUGUAUCAAAGUUUCGUAGAA